UCCCUGUGACUUCGACAAAGAUCAUGAACUACUCUCAGCCUUUCUCGCUGCUCAACGAGAGCCUGAGACCUCGAUGCACCACCAGUGAACAGCUCUACUCCUCCCUGAACCGAAUGGAGGACAAACAGCUGGGCUCCCUCAGAAGCCGCUCCUCAUCUUACCGACCAACGGUUCUCCCAGCAGAACCAGAACCAAGAGUCUAUGUGACCUCAGCAGAGCCGGAUGAUCCUGAGGAACCUGAAGACGAGGCAGAGCAGGAGGAUUUCGUCUGUGAUGGCUUUAAAGAAGGAAACUGUGCUGAUCUGCUUUCCAUUAGCAACUCAAUCCUCAUCACUGAGAUGAACUUAAAAUGUGGCAGUGAAGAGGAGCUGGCUGACGAGGACAGUGGCUCCUCACACUCCGAGGAGAAAGACAAUGGAGGUGAGCUGAACUCAGAGGAGUCAGUUUCUGUCUGUUUGGCCAGUGAAGAUGGGAAAUCUCUCCAGAGGAGCUACAUUAACGGGACUUUACCAGACCUGCUGAAGAAUGGCAGGCCGCUCAGCAGACGCAGGACACUGGGACAUGUCUCUGACACGCUUAAUGAAGUGCGCAGAGAAGUGGAGCUGUCUCGCAGACGAAGCAUCAGGCUCAAGGCCCAGGUGGACAAACUGCAGGAGAGCAGAGAUGGGCCGGGCUGGAGCCAGCACAGAGAGAGGGUCACAGAGGAGGUCCUGUCCGUUCUGCGGCUGCUGCACCCGCUGACAGAGCCCGAGUCCAGCACACCUGAACCCUCUCCGGGGGAAAACUGUCUGGACGCCGCCCUGGCCCAGCUGCAGAGCGUGGCCCGCAAACUGGCAAUUAGCAACACCAAACAGGAGUUCAAAUCUGGACAAGGCAGAGGAGCAGAGGACAUUGCUAUCCUGCAGCAGGCUCUGCGGGACAGAGAUGAGGCAAUAGAGAAGAAGAAGGCGAUGGAGGACGAGCUGCUGAGGAGCAAGACAGACAUGAUGACGCUGAACAACCAGCUGCUGGAGGCCGUACAGAAACGUCUGGAGAUGUCGCUGGAGCUCGAAGCCUGGAAGGAGGACGUUCAGCUGAUGCUCCAACAGCAGGUUAGGAUCCAGCAGGAGGCGGAGCAGGCCCAGAAGAAGCCCUCCCGCCUGGGCAUCCUGAGGAGAAACAAUCGACCGCCCGUCCAGCGGCCAUCCAAUUUCCCUUUGUCUGCUCCCGCCCCUCCCACCACCAACUCAAGCCAAAUCUUCAUCUCCAGAGCUGCGGUUUCUGCUCCCAGCACGUCUCCUUCUACCAGCACCCAACGCAACUGGAGGGACAAGUUGAAGCUGGGCAAGAGCAGUCGUCAAGGAGAAGAUGCAGUGGGGCAGGAUUCAGAGUAUAAUAGGGAUGACAGCGGCUUCCAGGUCGUAUCACUUGAUUGAAGCAGUGAUAACUUUGCACUAAGUACAUUCAAUCUGAUACUCAUCUCUCCUGUGUAACAAUUUAGUCUCCCUCCAAUCUAAUGUCUUCUGCUUACUGUGCCAAAUGCUGCAGUUUGAUACUAGAAGGCUGUUUUCAAAUUCAUCUGCUGAAGGGAGGGGAAGUUUUUCUGUGCUCACUUUGAAUCUGAGUUGAAGACGUUGCACAUACGAGCAGGUUUUAGUGAUGACACCACUAGGUUAGAGGCAGGGUUAUGUGUGAUGUGGAAACAUGAAACUUCCAGUGCAAAACAUACAUAAACACAGAGUGGAGCUUUCAUCCAAGUAGGAGACAGCUUGUGUCCAGCGGUUACACUUUUGAAAUGAACAAUAUUUGCAUAUUCAUAGAUUCUGGAUUUUGACGUCAUUUUAAGAAUUUUUGACGAGGUAAUUGAACUUUCUGAGGACAAACUGUCAAACACAAAUUAUUACAGCAAGCAACAUGUCUUGGAUCUUUGACUCAUGUAAUUUAUAUAUUUACACUUAAUGCUUCACAUUUAAUUUCCUGAACAUUGUUACUGUUGUCAUGUUGUAAAUACAUGAUAUUUAGACAUUGUGAGACACUGUCACGUCACCUCUGAUCCUUCAUUUUCUCCACUUUUGUUUGUUGCAUUUUCAAGAUUCAAAAGAAAAAAAACACUGCAGAUUUUUGCUAUUUUAUUGUAUAAUAUCAGUUUGUACAUUUUCAAUAAUAUAUAAUCCACUCCUAUAUGGGCUUGCACACAUUUAAAAUGUUUAUAUAUAUAUAUAUAUAUAUGUAUAUAUAUAUAUAUAUAUGCCAUUAUUUCGAAUAAGCGCCACCAAUGUGGGAACAAACUGAGACGUAUAUAGCACAGCAAAGUCACACCCGAUGACAAGAGAAAAGGCAUGCUCACAGAGAAACAAUAUACAAUCCUGAACAGAUGAUUACAGUCUCCAAACCGCUUUACAAUGUCACUGAAUAAAUUCACUUUUCUAUAUCGUUAACACAGA